AUGCCCUCGGAAAAGGUAUCUCACAUCUCUCGCGAUGACAACAACUCAGAAAUCUCCGAAACCUUGCAGGCAGUGACUUCCAGCCCACUUUCCUUGAACGAGGUGGCCUCGCAGUUCACCUCGGAUCAAAAGUAUUACAUUUUGAAGGCUAUCGGCUAUGACUCCUUGGAGUCCUUAGACCAGUUGCCUGUAGCUGUUUCCUACAUGAUGCAGAAAAUCCAGGACUUGCCAGCUGAUGAAGCCGUAAAGCUUCUUCAAGAAUUUUUGGUUGAACAUGAGGAUGAUGUCAACAUCACCCCGGCCGAAUUAGACUACAUUCGUAGAUUGGUUAAACAAGGCGAGUCCCAGGAAUUCUUUGGCACUUAUGGAAACAUCGACGAGAAGACUGAAAAGGCUGAGAAGUCCGACGUCGCCGAGCGGGUACACGAGGUCUCUGAAGCAGAUGAACAUGGUCAAUACGAUAUUUUUGAUUGGGAUUUGCAGGUCAGAACUCAAGCUGGUAUUGUGUUCUUCCACUCUCCUUACCAAGAAGUGAGAGCUGUCACCGAUGCCUACGACGACCCAACUAUGUACUGUGAGACUGUCAGAGUCUAUAUUUUGGGUGCAAUUUGGGUUGCUAUUGGUGCUUUUAUCAACAACUUCUUUAUGCAAAGACAACCAAGUAUUUUGUUGAACACUGCAGUUGUUCAACUUUUCCUUUACCCCUCCGGUUUAUUGAUGGCUUGGAUCCUUCCAAAAUGGAAAUUUACCGUCUUUGGUCAGAACAUUGAUUUGAAUCCCGGUCCAUGGAACCACAAGGAACAAAUGCUUGCAACAGUGUUCUAUUCGGUUUCUGGAAGUACGCCAUACGUUGCCUACAACAUCCCUGUCCUCAAAAUGAAGAUGUUCUACGGCGUUGAAUGGGCUGGCUGGGGCUACCAAAUCUUGUUGAUGUUUGCCACUAACUUUUUGGGUUUUGGUUUUGCAGGUAUUAUGAGAAAAUUUGCUGUCUACCCUACUAGAGCUAUUUGGCCAAGUAUCUUACCUACCCUUGCCCUUAACAAGGCCUUGCUUCAAUCUGAACCUAAGGAGAACAUUAAUGGCUGGACUAUUUCCAGAUAUCGCUUCUUCUUCCUUGCUUUCGUCGCAUCCUUCCUCUGGUUCUGGUUCCCCGACUACAUCUUCACCGCUUUGUCAACUUUCAGCUGGAUCACUUGGAUUGCACCAGACAACUUGAACUUGGCUACAAUUACUGGCAGUCAAACUGGUUUGGGAUUGAACCCAAUUACUACUUUCGAUUGGAAUGUUAUCAACUAUAACAGUCCAUUGAACAUCCCAUUCUUCUCGACCUUCAACCAAUACAUUGGCUCCGGUAUCGCUUUCUUCUGCAUCAUUGGUGUCUGGUACUCCAAUUACAAGUGGAGCGGAUACAUGCCAAUCAAUAGCAACGGUUUGUUUACUAACACUGGUGAUCCAUACAGGGUGACUAAGGUUCUUAACAAAAAGAGUUUGUUGGACCCUGCUAAGUAUGCCGAGUACGGUCCACCAUUUUACACUGCUGCUAAUUUGGUGGUGUACGGUGCAUUCUUCGCUAUUUAUCCUUUCUCAUUCAUCUAUGUUUGUAUGACAGACUACAAGCACAUCAUGCGGUCUUGUAAGGGUCUCUGGCACUCACUCAAAUCCUUCAAAAACUCUACUUACGAUGGAUUUGAUGACGCUUUUUCAAAGUCCAUGCGCCACUACAAAGAAGUUCCUGAGUGGGCUUUCUUGGUCAUUUUGAUUAUUUCUAUUGUUCUCUCAAUCCUUUGUUGCAAGCUUUACCCAACUGAGACUCCAGUUUGGGGUAUCUUCUUCGCCUUGGGUAUUAACUUCGUCUUCUUGAUUCCGCUCACCUUCAUUUACUCCAUUACUGGUUUCAGUUUUGGACUUAAUGUGUUGGUUGAAUUAAUUGUUGGAUAUGCUUUGCCCGGUAACGGUUUGGCUUUGAUGUUCAUCAAGGCUAUCGGAUACAACAUCGAUGGCCAAGCCCAAAACUAUAUCACAGAUCAAAAGAUGGGACACUACCUUCGUAUUCCUCCUAGAGCGUUGUUCAGAUGCCAAAUGGUCUCAGUCGUCAUUUGCUCAUUCGUGUCAUUAGCCGUCAUUAACUUCGCGAUGGACAACAUUGAUGACUAUUGUCACCCAGGUCAGCCUCAAAAAUUCACUUGCCCAAGUGCAAGAACUUUCUACUCGAGUUCCGUGCUUUGGGGUGUCAUCGGUCCAAAGAGAGUUUUCGAUGGCUUGUACCCUAUUUUGAAAUGGUGUUUCUUGAUUGGAACCUUGUUAGCUCCCGUUUGUUUCCUUAUCAAGAAAUACUUCAACAAAUUCGCAAUUGUGAGAUACUUCCAGCCAACAUUGAUUAUUGGUGGAUUCUUGAUCUUCGCCCCUUACAACUUGUCCUACUACACUCCUGGCCUUAUUGCAGCAUUCUUCUUCAUGCAUGUCAUUAAGCACAGAUUUACUAAUUGGUUCAAAAAGUACAAUUACGUCUUGUCAGGUGCUUUGACUGCAGGUGUUGCAUUCUCCAGUAUCAUCAUCUUUUUCGCUGUUCAGUACAAGGGUGUUAAUCUCGACUGGUGGGGCAAUGAUGUUCUCGGUAAUGGACUCGAUGCCAUGGGCCCCAGCUUGCUUAAUGCUACAGAACUUGCUCCGGAUGGAUACUUUGGCCCAAGAAUUGGUCAUUUCCCAUAA